GCACUUUGGCUUUUAGUGCCACAAAUUCAACACAAUUGCCAUUUCAUAAAGUAUUUAAUACUAUAGUUAGCAGUGAUUGUCGGAUAUAACACACGACUACAGUAUAUGCUGUAUAUAUCCUAUUAAUUGAUCCCAAAAACCAUGGGUGGAGUUCGGCGGCGAAGAAAGUCGUCCGCCUCUUCCGAUGAACUGUUAACUAAUGUCAGACCACUUAUCGAACCGAAGCCAAGGGUGGCGUUCGCCAGGCGUAAGAAACCCGACGGACGGCUCAUUAUUGGCGUACAACCAAGGGUGGCGUUCGCCAGGCGUAAGAAACCCGACGGACGGCUCAUUAUUGGCGUACAA